CCUCCGCUCUCCCUCCUAUCAUGCCCGGGGCCCGGGCCUGGGCCGCCCAAGCAGCCAGGACACCAUGCCCGAGGGCGGCGAUGGCGACGGCGGGGAGGUGCCCGCGCUCAUCCCGGACGGCGAGCCGCUGCGGGAAGAGCAGCGGCCCCUGAAACAGUCCCUGGGAAGCUCCCUGUGCCACGAGUCGAACUGGAAGUGCCUGCUCCUCACGCUGCUCAUCCACGCCUGUGGUGCCGUGGUGGCCUGGUGUCGGCUGGCUACGGUGCCCCGGCUGGUCCUGGGGCCCGAGGCAGCCCUGGCCCGUGGGGCCGGGGCCCCGCCGCCCACCUACCCAGCCAGCCCCUGCUCCGACGGCUAUCUGUACAUCCCACUGGCCUUUGUCUCCCUCCUCUACCUCCUCUACCUGGCUGAGUGCUGGCACUGUCACGUGCGGUCAUGCCAGGCGCCGCGCACUGACGCCAAUACCGUGCUUGCUCUGAUCCACCGGCUGCAGCAGGCGCCACCCUGUGUCUGGUGGAAGGCCACCAGCUACCACUACGUGCGGCGCACCCGCCAGAUCACCCGCUACCGGAACGGCGACGCCUACACCACCACGCAGGUCUACCACGAGAGGGCUGAUAGUCGCACGGCGCGGGGGGAGUUUGACUACUCAGCCCACGGCGUCCGUGAUGUCUCCAAGGAGCUCGUGGGCCUGUCUGACCAUGCGGCCACGCGGCUGCGCUUCACCAAGUGCUUCAGCUUCGGCAGCGCCGAGGCCGAGGCUUCAUACCUCACCCAGAGGGCCCGCUUCUUCGGCGCCAACGAGGGCCUGGACGACUACCUGGAGGCCCGUGAGGGCAUGCACCUGAAGGAUGUGGACUUCCGCGACUCCCUCAUGGUCUUCGCUGACCCUCACAGCCCACCCUGGUAUGCCCGUGCCUGGGUCUUCUGGCUGGUGUCGGCAGCCACGCUGUCCUGGCCCCUGCGCGUGGUGGCAGCCUAUGGCACUGCCCACGUGCACUACCAGGUGGAGAAGCUGUUUGGCGCCAGCUCGCCCCCACCCGGGGCCGUGCCCAGCGGGCCCCCGCUCUCCCGUGUGGCCACGGUGGACUUCACUGAGCUCGAGUGGCACAUCUGCUCCAACCGGCAGCUGGUGCCCAGCUACUCAGAGGCUGUGGUCAUGGGCGCCAGCUCGGGCGCCUACCUCCGCGGCUGCCAGCGCUGCCGCCGCUCCGUCAGCAGCAAUUCGCUACCCCCUGCCCGGCCCAGUGGGCCCCGCCUGCCUUUCAGCCGCAGCCGCCUCUCACUGGGAGCUGGGGGCCGGGCCACACCCGGGGUCUUUCGGAGCCUGAGUGGGGGGCCGCUGGGGCGCCGUCGAGAGGACACAGAACCCCUGGAAAGCCCACCAUGCUAUGAGGACGCCCUUUACUUCCCGGUGCUCAUUGUCCAUGGGGACAGCGGCUGCCAGGGGGACGGGCAGGGUGCGCUCUGAGACCCCCUUGGGCCCCACCAUUCCACGAAGGGCUUCGAUGCCUGAGUAAUUGUCGUCCAAAACAGGAGGGAACUCAGACCAGCACACAAGGGGAGGGGGUGGGGGGGAGUCCUCAAACAGACUGAAAUGCAGACUCUGGGUCAUUCCGGGCUUGAACGGAUACCGUGGAAGUUGCGUCUAUGAACCCUCCCAGCAUGGCUCCCGCCCACCACCACCACGUCACACCGCCUGCAAUGGCAGACGAUCUGUUUUGGGAGCUCAGGCUGGGCAGGGGAGGAAGUUUCCAGAAAGCUGAAAUGGAGGAGUCCCGGGGACAGCUGUCGCCUGUAGUACAGGGCCGUCUGUGGGCCUUCCCUGCAUGACUGAGGCCAUCCUGGGAGCCCUCGAGCCACCCAGAGCACAGAUGGGUGGUUUGGGCCAUGCCCAGCUGGGCUGACCUCCAUGAAGCUGAAGAGCUGGUCAUGGUAGCGCCAUGGCCUCCGCCCCACUGCCCACCCAAAGUCCUCAUCCUCUUCCCCUGACAGCCCCCAGCCCUACCCUCUGGGCCCUGCUCGGGGCCAGCCCCCGACUAGACCUUGCAGCACAGCCCCGCCACUGGGAGCCUGGUUCUCGGAGCACAGCCUGACCCCACGCCACCCCCGGCUCUUCCCCUGGUGUUGCCUCUCCCCCAGCGUCCAGCCCCUCCUUUAACCCGAGGCUGCUUCUCAGGGCCCACCUCGGUCUCGUCACAUCCCCGGUACCCGCUCCUGCCCCCCCUCCCAAAGCCAGUGUCUGCCUCUGACAGCCACGCACACACCCUCUGGGCUUCGUCCUCAUCACUCCCCUCGACUCCUCUGCUCUUCGUUUUCCCGGGGACCCAGGGCCACGGGGCAUCCGAGGGGCCUCAGCCUGACCCAGCCUCCUGGACGAUGCCCUUACUCUGCCGCGGAGGCCUCUGCCUCCCUGAUCAGCAGGGCCCGGCUGAGGGGAUGCCAUUCCUCCCUGAAGGAGGAAACGGUCCCUUCCCUUCUGGCUCGGGCUUCCACCCACUCGCACGGGGCUGGUUGGGGAGGGGGAAGGCUGUGAAGAU